CUACCAGGAUAGUAGAAGGCGGAGCUGUUGAUUUGACUGUGGCAGCUGCGACAGGUUAACGCAACGCUGUGAGACUUAAGCAAGGACAGUAUGACAUUUAAAAAGCGGUGUUUUUGAACAUAUUCCUAGACCGGAAUCAAUUUACAGACGAGUACAAAGCAGGUCCACCUAGUGGUGUACAGGUGUUUAGCAGUCAGUCAUGGAUACCACCACCUCCCUGAAGAUGACCUCUCUGGCUGUCCAGAGUCUGUUCAGCUACGUGGAGGAGGAGAACCUGGCUGCCAUCAAAACACAUUUGGACAAGUUCAGAGAUGUGGACAGCAGGAGUGAUAAUGGACAGACUCCACUAAUGGUGGCGGCAGAGCAGGGCAAUCUGGACAUAGUACAAGAGCUCAUUAGGAGAGGAGCCAAUGUUAACUUGGAUGACAUUGACUGCUGGACGGCGUUGAUCUCGGCAGCUAAGGAAGGCCACAUUGAGGUGGUGAGGGAACUGCUGGAAAACAAUGCUAACCUGGAACAUCGAGACAUGGGAGGCUGGAAUUCUCUCAUGUGGGCAGCCUAUAAAGGUCGCACAGAUGUGGCCCAGCUGCUGCUGGAAAAAGGAGCUAACCCCAACAUUACCGGUCAGUACAGCGUCUACCCCAUUAUCUGGGCUGCAGGUCGAGGCCACGCAGAGAUUGUUCAUCUACUGCUGCAGCACGGAGCCAAAGUCAACUGCUCAGACAAGUAUGGUACUACUCCUUUGAUCUGGGCAGCCAGGAAGGGCCACUAUGACAGUGUGAUGCACCUUCUGGCCAACGGAGCUGAUGUGGACCAGGAAGGAGCGAACUCAAUGACGGCUCUGAUUGUGGCAGUGAAAGGUGGCUACACAGAAGUUGUCAAGGAGCUGCUGAAGAGGAACCCAAAUGUUAACAUGACUGAUAAGGAUGGCAACACAGCCCUGGCCAUCGCUGCCAAGGAUGGACACAUAGAGAUUGUACAAGACCUGCUGGAUGCUGGCACAUACGUCAAUAUCCCAGACAGGAGUGGGGAAACAAUGCUGAUUGGAGCAGUGAGAGGAGGUCAUGUGGAGAUAGUCCGAGCUCUGCUGAACAAAUACGCUGAUAUUGACGUCAGGGGCCAGGAUGGAAAGACUGCCCUCUACUGGGCAGUGGAGAAAGGCAAUGCUACCAUGGUGAGAGACAUCCUGCAGUGUAACCCUGACACAGAGAGCUGCACCAAGGAGGGUGAGACCCCACUUAUCAAAGCAACAAAAAUGAGGAACAUAGAGAUAGUGGAGCUGCUGCUUGAUAAAGGAGCCAAGGUGGCUGCAGUUGACAAGAAAGGAGACACCCCCCUCCACAUUGCCAUCCGAGGACGAAGCCGAAAAUUGGCUGAGCUGCUUCUGAGGAACCCUAAAGAUGGCCGCCUCCUGUACCGUCCCAACAAAGCUGGAGAGACACCUUACAACAUUGACUGCACCCACCAGAAAAGCAUCCUUACACAGAUUUUUGGAGCCAAGCACCUUUCCCCCUCUGAGUCAGAUGGAGACAUGUUGGGUUAUGACCUGUAUAGCAGCGCUUUAGCAGACAUCCUGAGCGAGCCCACCAUGCAGCCACCUAUCUGUGUUGGCCUGUAUGCUCAGUGGGGUAGUGGCAAGUCUUUCCUUCUUAAGAAACUAGAGGAUGAGAUGAAGACAUUUGCGGGCCAGCAGAUAGAGCCGUUGUUCCAAUUCUCAUGGCUGGUGGUCUUCCUCACAUUGCUACUCUGCGGCUCAGUCACUGUGAUUCUGGGCUUUUCUGUUAAUCCCAAGCUGGCGAUUGCCGUCUCCCUCACCCUCCUAACCAUCCUCUACAUCUUUUUUGUUUUGGUGUACUUUGGAAGCCGACGUGAGAGGGAGAGCUGGAACUGGGCAUGGGUCAUCAGCACCCGUCUGGCACGCCAAGUCGGUUACAUGGAGCUGCUGCUCAAACUGAUGUUUGUCAACCCCCCUGAACUUCCUGAGCAGACUACCCGUGCACUGCCUGUCAGGUUCUUGUUCACCGAUUAUAAUCGCCUGUCCAGUGUUGGAGGGGAGACUUCUAUGGCUGAGAUGAUUGCCACACUCUCAGAUGCCUGCGAGAGGGAGUUUGGCUUCAUGGCCACCAGACUCUUCAGAGUUUUCAAGAAUGAUGAGGUCCAAGGUAAGAAGUGGAAGAAAACAUGUUGUGUUCCGUCCUUCGUGCUGUUUGCCUUGACAGUUGGAUGCCUGAUCACUGGUCUGGCACUGUUGGCCAUUUUUAAGGUGGACCCUGAUAACUUGACUAUAAAUGCAGUGCUAAUAGCUAUGGCCAGCGUGGUGGGCCUCGCCUUAUUGCUCAACAUUAAGACCUGGUGGCAGGUGGCUGACUCUGUCUUCAACUCCCAGAGGAAACGCCUGCACAGUGCUGCCAACAACUUGCACAAACUCAAGAGCGAAGGAUUUAUGAAGGUUCUGAAGCAUGAGGUGGAGCUAAUGUCAAAAAUGGCCAAAACUAUUGAUGGCUUCACCCAGAACCAGACGCGUAUGGCCGUCAUCAUCGACGGACUGGAUGCCUGUGAGCAGGACAAAGUGCUGCAGAUGCUGGACACAGUGAGGGUACUCUUCUCCAAAGGCCCCUUUAUCUCCAUCUUUGCCAGUGACCCUCAUAUUAUCAUCAAAGCCAUCAAUCAAAACCUCAACAGCGUGCUGAGAGACUCCAACAUCAACGGCCAUGACUACAUGAGAAACAUUGUCCACUUGCCAGUAUUUCUCAACAGCAGAGGCUUCAUUAAAGCCAAGAAGCUGUGCAUGGCAGCCGCCUCCAAUGGAGAGGUAUUUCUUGCUGAAGGAUGCAAUGAAGACCUGGACAGGAAGUUAUCUCAGAACAGUUUGGGCCCAGAUCAAGUCAAGAUUGGCAGCAAGAACACCCUAAACCGCAGGGACACAUACCGGCGCCGCCAGAUGCAGAGGAGCAUCACCAGACAGAUGUCCUUUGACCUGACCAAACUGCUGGUGACCGAGGACUGGUUCAGUGACAUUAGCCCACAGACCAUGAGGAGGCUGGUCAACAUUGUUUCUAUCACAGGUCGUUUGUUGCGGGCCAAUCAGAUCAUCUUCAAUUGGGAUCGGCUGGCAUCAUGGAUCAACCUGACAGAGGAAUGGCCAUACAGGACAUCGUGGAUUAUCCUCUUUCUGGAAGAGAAUGAUGGAGUGUCUGACCAAGUCACCCUCAAGACCAUUUAUGAGAGACUCUCCAAGAACAUCCCCACCACUAAGGACGUGGAGCCACUACUAGAGAUCGAUGGAGACAUCCGCAGCUUUGAGGUCUUCCUCUCCUCUAGGACGCCCGUCCUCACUGCCCGAGAUGUGGAGAUGUUCUUGCCCUGCACUGUCAACCUUGAUCCCAAACUGAGGGAGAUCAUAGCAGAUGUGCGUGCGGCCAGAGAGCAGAUGAACAUGGGAGGAGUGACCUAUCCCACGCUGCCCUUGCAGGAGGCAGUGCCCCGUCCCCAGUCAGGUUAUGGCCAGCCCUCUGUGGCCUGCUCCCCAUCAGGCGCCUUCCCCGGAUCCCUGCCUCCUCAGCCCCACAGUGCCUACUUCAGUGGGAUGACUGGCCCUCAGCACCCUUUCUACAACCGGCCUUAUUUCCCACAUCAUGUAUAUCACCAGCCACGACAUUUCUCCCACCAUGUCCCCUCAUCUUUGCGCUCUUCCAUUAAACCACCUGGUCAACCAAAGGACAUCAAUGGACUUGCCUCUCCUGUGGUCCUUCUCAGCUCUGUGACCACAGAUGCCGUGUGUGAGCGUCUCAAACAGAUAGAUGGAAUCGACCCCAAUAUGCUAUCUAAGUACACCUCCACCAUAAAGAAGGCUAAUAUAAACGGUCGAGUGCUGUCUCAGUGCAACCUGGACGAGCUGAAGAAAGAGAUGGAGAUGAACUUUGGUGACUGGCAGCUCUUCCGGGGAAUGGUGAUGGAGCAACGUUAUGCUGAAAGCCAGGCUCUGCUGCAGGAUGAGUCCCGAGCUGCUAGCGAGCAGGGCAGCACCGUGCACCACGGGGAGCCCAGCAGACGCUCAGGGAGAGGUCAGCAUGAAGUAGCAGCCUUCAACCUCAACCUCAGCUUCGAGGAGCUCAGCGGAGCAGGGCUGGAGGAGCCUCCGAGACGCAACAGCAACUCACACUGGCAGGUUGCAAAUCACCGCACUUCAAGCAUGUCCAGCCUCAACUCCCAAGAAUCCUCAAAUGACAUCUGCAAGCUGACAGACAAGCAGCAGGCUGAGUAUCGCGAUGCCUACAGGGAGUACAUCGCUCAGAUGGCCCAGCUGGAGUUGUCCGGCAGUGGGGGGGAGAAGCCUUUGCAGCCCCACCCUGGACAGUUCCUCCAGGCUGCCAGCUCAGAGGACAAAGGGGCCAAGGAAGGAGCUGACCAAGACGGCCGCAAGUCUUUCACCAAGAGAGGCUCCAAGACUAGUGAUGCCACAGAUUUCGCCUCAGGCACUGAUGCCCAGCCCCUAGACCCCAUCAGCGAAGAGGAUGAGAAGCUGGACCACAGCUUGGCCUCCAGGACCUCGGGCUCCAGGAAGAAGGGAGCUGGGGCUUACUAUCACAAGCUGCCCGAUGAUGAGGACUCGGGCCCAGAAGAAGCUGACAACACCACGCCUCUUCUCCACAAAGAGGCAAGAGCUGGUACUCUGUCUUCCCGUGGAUCCUCCCAACCCUCUCGGCUGCCGACCAAGCCUGGCUUCCUCGCUGAAAUGCUCCUGGAUAAGAAGGACUCUUCCGACUCAGGGAUGCGCUCCAGUGACAGCUCCUCAGACCACUCCCUGGAGGACACCGAAGGAGAUGGUGAAAGAGAGAGGGAAGCACUGAACACCAGCCUAAUUGAACUGGAAAUGGAGGGUGUAGUGAAGAAGAGAGGCCUCCUCCCUAGCAGCCUGCAGGACACCAUGCUGGCCCGCAUGUCCAUCUGCUCCGAGGCUCCAUCUGAGGCCAGCUUAAUGGCCAGUAGCCCGGAUGAAGGGUGGCCGUCCAGCAGCAUCAGCAACCUGAACCGCACUGCCAGCAACAACACCCUUAAUAACAACACAAGCUCUACUGACAGCACCGCCAACACUAACACCAACAACAGCCAUCAGCAGCAGGCUAACAUCACAGGCACGGAGUCCACCACCUGCUGCUCCAGCAUCGACGACUCGCCAGCUGUCAUCAUCACCCCCGGCAGCAGCAACACUGCCAACACCACGGCUGCCUCCAUCCACAACCAGAACCUGCGCUCCAUCAGUCUGGGAGAGGAGAGGGAGAGUAUCCUCUGAGGAGCUGCUCGUUAAUCUGAGAGCGAUGUAAGCUCUCCUUGGUUGAGAUAAUUACACUGUUAACGUGCUGUGUUCCAAAGAAUUAGUAUAAAUACGUGUUCUGUCGUUAGGAAGAAAGUGUAGGAAAGUGUUGCUGUGAGUAAUGAUUUAAUGUAUCAAGGCCUUUUGCUGUCUCGUGUGUUUGGAUAGUUAGAAUGUGAUUUCUCUCUCAUGUGAAUGUAGUGCUAUUUUGUGGAAACUGUGUUUACUGAAGUUAUGUUACAUUUUGUGGACAGCACAGCAAAAAAGUAUUGUUUCAGUAAAUGUAGCCACAACUGAAAAACCUAAUGUUACUAAAGCCUUAAAGCCUUUGUCUCAGGUGCAUAGAUGGCAAUGCAGAGUCAUGCAGUGUGUUUGGUAGUUUCUGUGAUAGAAGUACAUGUUCUUGGCUCCACAGUGGUGGUGAUCUUUGUGAAAUGAUGUUUUGUGAACCAAUAAACAUUUGACAUGUGGA